AGCAAUUCUGUUUUCUCAAAUCUGUCACUCCGGCGUCCCGUGUUCUAGAGCUUGAGUGCUUCCAUCUUCACUCGUCACUUUUUCGGUCUUCUUUGUCCCCCCUUAAAUGUAGAAGGAAUAUUUCCGAAUUUAAAUUGACUUGGAAGAUCUUUCACAUAUCUAAAUUCCAGUUCUCUCUCAGCAAAUGGAAGCAAAAGAGCCAAUCAUCAUCACAGAGAAAGAGGAAAUGAGAAAAUGGUCGAGGUUUGCGAGAGCCCAAGGCAAGACCAUAGGUUUUGUACCCACCAUGGGUUAUCUCCACGAAGGCCAUCUUUCCCUCAUCAGAGAAGCGCAAAAACACGCACAAGUCAUAGUCGUCUCAAUCUAUGUGAACCCAGGUCAAUUUUCUCCUAACGAGGACCUAUCAACCUACCCUUCUGAUUUUCUUGGAGAUAUUGAGAAGCUGAAAUCCCUCCCAUGUGGUAUUGAUGCUGUGUUCAGCCCCCGUAACCUGUACGAUUAUGGAGAUGGGUGCGGAAGGAGCCGACCAGAAAUGGAGCAUAGAACAGAAGGAAAUGCCAUUUCUUGUGUCGAAGAAAAUGGGGGAGGAGGGCAUCAGACAUGGGUUGCAGUUGAAAGAUUGGGGAAGGGGUUGUGCGGGAAGAGUCGACCCAUCUUUUUCAGAGGGGUUGCCACUGUUGUCACCAAACUGUUCAACAUAGUUGAGCCUGAUUUUGCUGUCUUUGGCAAGAAGGAUUAUCAACAAUGGAGGAUUAUUCAGAAAAUGGUGCGAGAUCUUGAUUUUGGAAUUAAGGUAAUUGGUGCUGAGGUAGUGCGUGAAGAUGAUGGCAUUGCGAUGAGUUCUCGUAAUGUGCGGCUCUCACCAGAUGAGAGAAAACAGGCUUUGUCAAUAAGUCGGGCACUUUCAAAAGCCAAAGUAGCAGCGGAGAAAGGGGGGCUGGUCAAUUGUAAGGACCUGAGAGAUGUAGUUAUCAAAACGAUAGAGGAGGCCGGUGGAAGAAUAGAUUAUGCCGAGAUUGUAGACCAAGAAAGUCUAGAGCCAGCCAAAGUGAUUGAGAUGCCUGUGGCAUUCUGCGUAGCAGCUUGGUUUGGAAGUGUCAGACUGAUUGACAAUGUGGAAAUAAAUGUCUGAAUGGAUGGAUCGUCAAGACAAGACCAGACUCGCCAAUCUUUUGGAUAGGAAGUGAGCACUGAAUUUUGGCCCUACAUUUUUAGAUUCUGAAUUCCUAGAUGAAACAUUUUUGAUUGAUAGUGCUAAGGAGUGUGAUGAAAGUCAUCACUAUGGGAAUAUCUUUUGCUCUACCUUAGGUGUAGUGGCACUUUCUAAUGCCAUUUUGUGUGUGUGCCAUCCAUCAAGAUAGAACUUUUGGGAUACAACGAGGGAAAAACAUGGAGACAAAAACAUGGAAACAUGGAAAAAUAAUUAAUAAUGAAUGUCAAUGCUUUGA